UCUUCUUCUUCUUCUAUAACAAUAAUAGAAGAGAAAAUUUCUAUCUUCAUCUCUCUAUAAUCUAUCCCUCUCUGUUUCGACUAAUCAACAGUGAACAUUUGUGUAUCUGCAUUCCCCUCAUGGCUGUUCUGUUUCUCUAUCUUCUCAGUCUCCUCAUGGCUGGCCAUUGUAGCGCCACAUGGUGUGUGUGCAAAACAGGGCUGAGUGACUCAGUGCUCCAAAGGACACUAGACUAUGCUUGUGGAAAUGGAGCUGACUGUAACCCAACUCACCCAAAAGGGUCUUGCUUUAACCCUGACAAUGUUAGAGCUCAUUGUAACUAUGCUGUCAAUAGCUUCUUUCAGAAGAAAAGUCAAGCUUCUGAGUCUUGUAACUUCACUGGUACUGCCACUCUUACCACCACUGAUCCCAGCUAUUCAGGAUGUCCAUUCCCUUCUAGUGUUAGUGGCACUGGAGGUGGUAGCAGCAGCACCGUGACGCCAGGUAAAAGCAGUCCAAAGGGAAACAGCCCUAUCACGACAUUUCCCGGUGGAAACAGUCCAUACACUGGCAGUCCAUUCACUGGCACACCAACCACCGGACUGCUAGGAGGCAAUAUCACUGAUGCUACCGGAACCGGGUUAAACCCGGAUUACUCAAACGAAAGCACCGGUUUCGUGCUGCGUAAUUCCAACAAUUUGUUCCUCUGCUUGUUUUCUGUCUUGAUGAUGCUCUGAAGACGAUGGAUGGUCUGGUCUAUCUUUUGUUCACUAUCUAAAUAUGUUAUGUUCUAGCUCGUUUGGGUUCAUGCUUAUCUAUUUUAAGGAAAGCAAUUAACAAUGUAAAACUGAAUCGUUUUGGGACGAAUUUGGUUUCUAUUUAAUAUCUUUAAAUCUUAAGAAACAUAUUAAAUUUAA